CUUCUUUCUUUCAUUCAUCAUCUUUCUUCUGUCACUCAUCAUCAUGGAUUUGAUAAACAGUGUGCUCAACUUGUUUGUCCCUCCUGCCAGUUUGAUCACGCUGGCUUUCUCAUGGCCUGCACUCUGUUUCCUCCAUGCUUGCGAGUGGCUCUACAACACCGUCUACGGUGACAACAUGGAUGGCAAGGUCGUCAUCAUCACCGGUGCUUCUUCCGGCAUCGGAGAGCAAAUAGCAUAUGAGUAUGCAUUGAGGAGAGCAUGUUUAGUGCUGGUGGCACGAAGAGAGCACAGAUUAAGAGGGAUUGCGGAGAACGCCAGAAGAAUGGGCGCAAGGCAUGUCAUGAUUGUCGCAGCUGAUGUUGUUAAAGAAGAUGAGUGCCGCCGAUUCGUCAAUGAAACCAUCAAUUUCUAUGGCCGUGUUGAUCAUCUUGUAAAUACAGUAAGUUUGGGACACACAUUCUACUUUGAGGAAGUCACAGACACAUCAGUUUUCCCUGUUCUCUUGGAUAUUAAUUUCUGGGGGAAUAUUUAUCCAACACUUGUGGCUCUUCCUUACCUUCAUCGAACCAACGGUCGCGUGAUUAUCAAUGCAUCGGUUGAGAGUUGGUUACCUUUGCCAAGGAUGAGUUUAUAUGCUGCUGCAAAGGCAGCAUUAGUGAACUUCUAUGAGACUCUCAGAUUUGAAUUGAGAGAUGAAGUUGGAGUAACCAUAGCAACUCAUGGUUGGAUUGGAAGUGAGAUGACAAGUGGCAAGUUCAUGCUAGAGGAAGGCGCCGAGAUGCAGUGGAAAGAAGAAAGAGAGAUGAAUGUGAUAGGCGGACCGGUAGAGGAGUUUGCGCGGUUGAUGGUGGCGGGGGCAUGUAGAGGAGAUGCAUAUGUGAAGUAUCCAAGUUGGUAUGAUGUGUUUCUACUAUACAGGGUGUUUGCUCCAAAUGUUCUAAACUGGGCAUUUAGGCUCUUGAUUGCACCACAAGGCACCAAAAGGACUUCAUCCUAUGUAGGCACCGGCAGAUCCCUUGAGGGAAGGCCCAUGUUGGAGGCACCAUCCCCGAGAACCGCCCUCCUCGCUCCCUAUAGCUUCUCCGGUGGCGGCCAGUUGAGUUAAAAUGGAUUCAAUCAAAGGGAUCCCAUCCCCUCCAAGCAAUGAAGGAAGCAAGGAAGCUGUGGUUUAACUUGUAUUCUUGAAUUCUUGUUGGAAGCUUGUUUUUGUGGACCUAUUAUUAUGUCAUGUAGUCUCAGACCUAUCAUCUCUUUAUGUAGAAACUACGAAAAUAAAUCUCUCUGGUAAUGCAUCUGUCAUAUGAAUCAAA